AAUGAAUUUGUGUGAAUGCGGAUAUGGCAAGCCUGUCAGGAGCCGUGGGCACUAAUGAUAAUGCAGGGCUAAGCGCUGAUGCCGGGUGUCUUGCCAGGGAAUAAAAGUCGGAAUUAAACGGUCGUAAAAAUAAAGGUCAUCAUGCGUGUGCAGAGGGUGAAGGUUUUGAUGGGUUUUGUCAUAUUAGGACUGUUAGUUAUUUUUGUCAUUCAUCACUGGAGCCCAAAUGCACCAACUGUGAUGGAUGAUCAAAGAAGACUAAACUCCACCAUAACAAAGCUUCUUGGUCGUAAUGAACAGUUGAAGAAAGGCGAGACCACUGUUCCUUACAAACUCAAAGAAAUUACAGCACGAAAUGGAUGUGUUUGCAAUGGAGAUGCAUGGCAUCUUAAUGUGCCCUUUGGUGAUCUUUUUUUUCCUCGGGUUGGUGCUGAGGAGCUGCAGACUGCAUUUAGUGCUAAAGAACUGGAGGAAAUAAAAAAGCGACGAAGGCAUGAGUACAACGACUUCUUGUUAAGAUCACACACAGCAGCAAAUCUUCUCAUCAUUGCUGAGGCAAACACCCCUCUUCAGUACCCCACCCAGGGGGUAGAUGUCCAGCCUAAAAAGUCUACUUUAAUUCCUGGCUUGGCUCUGAAAAUGAAGUCACAGAGUGCUUAUAGAGUUAAUUUAACUGCCAGCAUGGGCACGUUUGACGUAGCAGCCUUGGUGGGUGAUGUCAACGUAAGCGGGGAUGGAAAAAUGCAGAUGAUUCUCUCCAGCCCACUUUUACCUGCGCUUAAUAGACAACUGCAGUUCAUCAAUUAUACAAAUACAAUUUUUCAUCCAAAUACUGCAGACAUAGUGCAAUUUGGGACUGAUGGAUACCAAGCAUCCUUCACCAUUAAUAUCCGACAUGAACUCAUUCCUAAACUCUAUGAUCCUGGACCUGCUGGACCUAAAGGAGAAUAUGACAUAUCCAGGCUUGUCUCUAUUGCUACAAAAACGUUUCUGCGUUAUGACAAGCUUCAGGAUUUGAUUGACAGCAUUCGACAGUUCUAUCCAACGGUUACGAUCAUUAUAGCUGAUGACAACGAGCAUCCUAAGCCUGUGACUGGCCCUUAUAUAGAGCACUACACCAUGCCUUUCCAAAAGGGAUGGUUUGCUGGACGUAAUCUCGCUAUCUCUCAGGUGACGACUAAAUAUGUGCUGUGGGUGGAUGAUGAUUUCAUCUUCACCUCCAAAACAAGGCUGGAAAAAAUGGUGGAUGUUUUGGAGAGCACCACUUUAGACCUGGUUGGUGGAGCAGUCAGGGAGGUGACAGGAUACACUGCCACCUACUGCCAUAUCAUCUCAACAGAAAAAGGUGGAGAAAAUGGAGACUGUUUACACAUGAGGAGGGGCUUCUAUCAUGUUCUCAAAGGCUUUCCUAAUUGUGUGGUCACGGAUGCUGUUAUUAACUUCUUCAUGGCACGGACCGAUAAGGUCCGACAAGUAGGCUUUGACCCUCGUCUGGCACGGGUUGCACACCUUGAGUUUUUUGUUGAUGGCCUCGGUGUGCUUCACGUGGGUUCCUGUAAUGACGUCGUAAUCAACCAUGCAUCGAAGAUCAAAGGAAUGUUGCCCUGGGGACAAACAGAAACUGAUAAGGCCUAUUCUAAGUUCCGGUAUACCAACUCGAGCAACCAAAAUGCACUUUUUUAUUUCAAGAAUCAUUUUAAAUGCCUCACUAGUAAUUAACUGUAAUUCUUAACAAAUUUGUACAAUGCAAUAUGCCAUUUCUAUGCAAUGUGGGGAGGUAGCACAGUGGUGAGGUGCAUGCUUUGCAUGUAUGAGGUCUUGGGUCAUGCUGCAGCAUCUCUUAAGGCUCUGGGUUGUUGAUUGGUGGAAUGGGGUUCAAGCCCAAGCAUUGCCAAACUGCCACUUUUGGGCCCUUGAGCAAGUCCCUUAACCCUCUCUGCUCCAGUGAAGCUGAUUCAUGGCUGACGCUGUUCUAUGACUCCAACCUCCAAAGUUGGGAUAUGCGAUGAAGAAUUUUACUGCGCUGUAAUGUAUAUGUGGAAAAAAGAAAGCUGCUGCUGCUUCUUCUUCUUUUUCUCUAAAUGUCCUCUGCCUAGUUCGACUUCCAUAAGACAUUACAUCAUAUGCAAUGGUGAAGACCAAACAUGAACAUGUAAGUAAAUAAUGACUCCAGGGACUCAAGGAAAGCAUGUCUUAUGUAAGGUCAAUAAUGUAAGCACUUAACUUGUUGGAAGCUUUUUUUUUUUUUAUGGUAUGUAAAUAAAGAUAAACUUUUUUCCUGGAACUGUACGUAAAAUGAUUCUGUGCUGUAAAAUACAUAUCUUGUAUAAAUUUUAUAUAAAACCUUACGGUCUUGACUGGGACCUUAAGCUUAGAUUACUCUCUGUCCAGUAUUUCCCAAGUUCUCAAGUGUGGAUCUUUGCGUGGACUGUCGUCACAUCCGGAAUGAAUUUUUCUGCCCUGCACCCAAUCCUACAGGGACUGGCUCCAGAUCUAGCUCCUACCUGAACAGCGUUUACCUUCUGAACGUAAAUAAAUGGAGUGUAAUGAUGAAGGAUCGCUACUGGGUGGUAGUGUUGCAUCAGAAUAGAAUCGUUUUCCGUGCUUGUUUGUGCUAUAUUUUGAUGUUAUUCUAAUUUUUAACGCAAACUGCAUGUAAUUUGACAUAUGAAACGUAUAUUUAAAUAUUUUGUAUUAAUAUAUACUGAAUAAAAUUAUAAAUGCAAA